AAUGAAUUUUACAUUCAUUCGCCAAUCAGAUUACAGCUAUUAAACGUGGGAAUUUCAACAUUAAAAAAGAUACACAAAAGGACAGUGCAAGAAUAUUUUUAAAAAAAAUGCAAGAAAAUCGAAGAUAUAAAUCAUUGUCUGCAGAUGCAUUGACUUCCCUGAAGACUAUGGCAAGUGAUUCCAAAAAGAGAGGUUUCAUAGUUAAGGAUGGAACAUUUUUAGGAGGACUUGUUGUUGUAUUAUCUAAUCCAGAUGUAAAAAUUGUCACAACAGCUCUAGAGACAUUAAUCCUUCUGGCUGAAGUGCCAGAAUACAGACCAACACUAUCUUCAUUUAUUGGUUUGAAUGAACAAGUAGAGAUCUUACUAAACAGAGAAGAUGAAAACAUUUCUAACUUGGCAGAAAAAUUGUUUGAUUUAUUAACACAGAAACCAGAGAAACAGGCACCAUUAAAAGAUUCAUUUAAUACAUCAGGAACUAGACCAAGGCAUGGAACAAGUAAGAACAAAAGUGUAAAUGGUGGCAGGACAAAGCAUAUAAUACUACAGAUACGAGGUCUUGUGGUCAAGAAUGACAAAGAUGUAGUAAUGAGAUUGCUAUUGCAUGUAAAAGGAGUUGUUAGUAUAACCUUUGACCUGAAUCAGAAGAGAUGUAUUAUGAGAACAAAACAAGAUGUCAAACCAGAGACUUUAGCCCAAGCUGUAGCAAAGUCACAAACUAUGACAGCUCAACAGGUGGUCAGAGAUGAAAAUGGAGAGGAGAAACUAAUAGCGUUUGGUUCCAACAUGAGAGAUGUGGACAAGGAGAAUACAACCUUGCCAGAUUAUCUACCAGAGGAGGUAGACAGUCCUAAAGCUCACACUAAACCUCUAGCAAGAAAUAAAGGUGAUAACAAAAGGGAAGGUGGCUGGCUAAGUUCUGCUGCUACAUUCAUAACAAAUUCAUUUUACUGGUGAAUUGUAUUUAAGUUGAACAAUCUCAUCAGGGCAGAAGCAUAAGAACAAUGAGGAGGAAAUGGAAGUUUUGACUGAUUUUAUAUCUAGAGUAGGUGCAAGAAAUGCAAGUGUCUGUUAUUUCAAAGAUUGUAGAUGUGUUAUUAUAUGGAGUUACGGCUGUCAUUCUCAUAAACUGAUUUAAUCAUAAAUAUACAUUUUUUACAGAAGUUCACUGUAAACCAUGUUUAUUUUUACAAGAUGAUAAUAAGAAUGAAAGGUGAAAGUACAAUUUAUUACUAAUAUACAAUUGAAUGAUUAGACCGCUGUUUCCUUUUGCUGUUUUACUGUUACUUUCUUUCUCUUCAGUACUUUUUCCUGUUUCUUUAUUCUUAUUAUAGUUUCAUGAAUUAUUUGAAUUGUUUUAAUUGUACAUAAUGAAUAAAUUUACUUUUUACAUUGA